AUGGCCAGCACAAGUAGAGAGCUCUUUGGAGGAGCCAUCACCUCUCAGCUACCGCAGGGGCUGAUAGAUGCAUCUGACCUGCGUCAAAUCCCAGAUAAUCAAGAGGUCCUCCUCUUCCCCGGGUCAGAUGUCACUUGCGUUGUUGAAGUGCUAGAGACGGUCACAGAGGGUCAAGCGGGAAGCAAUACUGAGGAAGCCAUACGCUUCCACUUCUCCUCGCUAGCGCACGACAAUGAGGCCGAGACAUCCGAGGUCCUCAGGAUAGAGUCUCUCGGAGGUCAGAGCUUGUCAGAAGAGGUCACAGAGGGCACGCCGUCCCCCACUUAUCUCACGGGUCUUCAACGGGUGCGGAAGUUCAACAAGCACGACUCGCCUCUGGAUCUGGUCCUGAUCCACCUCGCCCUCUGGCGCCUGGCACCAAAGAGGCCCGUGGACCUAGUCAUGAGCUGGAAUGAGCCCCUAGCCCUGGGAAAGGAGGCGACAGAGCAAGGGCACGGUGAUGCUAGUGCGAUGGGUGAUGCCUCUAUCAGGGACAAGUUCAAGCAAGCGGCCACCUCGUUACGCAUCGAAGACUGGGGACUCUUCGCAUGAUGGCCAGAUGCCAUCAUCGUCAUCGCCUUCAGGGUCAUCAUCGUCGUCAUCAUCAUUGGACUGACAGCAGUCACGAAAAUCAUGUGGAGAAGUGUGGGAUAAAAUGUGGAGAAGGGUGGGAUAAAAUGCUGAUGAAAAAAGGAGGACCACACAUACAAUGAUGGAGCAAUGCGGCGACGUGGGCAAGGUUGCCAGGGGCGCUCGAGGCACACCUCACAGCAUACCACCAAGGUUCUUGGUGUAUGCCAUCGGCUUGACUCCCUGGGGCGGCACGGCCUCGUACCUGGUGAAGCGCAUGGUGCCCUGCGCAUCGAUUCUUGCAAAGGCACCCUUGUUGUCUCCAACUCCACAGUAGGCAGGAGCGGAGAAGAUGGUAACAC